AUGACAUUUGUUUACACAGUGCACAGUGUAUUUAAAACCAAAAGUUAGAAAUUACUGUAAAAUAGCAUUAUUCUUUUUCCCAGGAAGGGAUAUUGAUCGGUGUUUGCUUUCAUUAUUGACAAGGAUAUAUAUAUAAAUAGGACGUUCAAGUUCUCCUUCUACGCAAAUUAAAACCCCGUAAAGUCAAAGAAAAAGCCAAAAGCAUGGGAAGGUUCACUUCCUUGUCUAUCCUCCCUCUGUUCAUUGUCUUUCACAUUAUCAUUCAAGAUGCUAAGCCAGCCAUGUCUCUUCCUCUCUCCACGAACUCGCGUUGGAUCGUCGACGAGAAAGGGCAGCGGGUGAAGUUAGCGUGCGUGAACUGGGUGUCACACCUUGAACCGAUGGUUGCAGAAGGGCUUAGCAAGCUGCCAAUGGAUGUGAUCGCCAAACGGAUUGUGUCAACGGGGUUCAAUUGCGUUAGGCUCACUUGGCCGCUUUUUUUGGUCACCAAUGACUCGUUGGCCUCUCUCACUGUUAGACAAUCUUUUCAAAGACUUGGGCUGCUUGAAUCCAUCGCUGGCAUCCAGACCAACAACCCCUCCAUCAUUGAUGUUUCCCUCUUAAAAGCUUACCAGGCGGUGGUGUCUAGCCUUGGGGAAAACAAUGUAAUGGUCAUACUUGACAAUCACAUAAGCAAGCCCGGUUGGUGCUGCAGUAAUUUUGACGGGAAUGGUUUCUUCGGUGACCAGUACUUCAACCCUGAUAUAUGGAUCACGGGCCUGACUCGGAUGGCUACCCUUUUCAAUGCUGUCACCAAUGUGGUUGGAAUGAGCUUGAGAAAUGAGCUCAGAGGCCCCAAACAGACCGUAAAUGAUUGGUACAGGUACAUGCAGAAAGGGGCUGAAGCGGUGCACUCAGCCAACCCAGACGUUCUUGUUAUACUUUCUGGACUGAAUUAUGACAAGGACUUGUCGUUUAUCCGAAAUCGACCAGCAAAUCUCACGUUUACUGGGAAACUAGUAUUUGAGGUGCAUUGGUAUGGUUUCACAGAUGGGCAGACAUGGGUAACUGGCAAUCCGAACCAGGUGUGUGGCAGAGUGGCGAACGACAUGAUGAGAACAUCAGGGUUUUUGGUGGAUCAAGGAUACCCAUUGUUCGUGAGCGAGUUUGGGGUGGACCAAAGAGGAACCAAUGUCAAUGACAAUAGAUACUUGAAUUGCUUCUUAGGUGUGGCAGCUGAACUUGACCUGGAUUGGGCCCUGUGGACACUGGUUGGGAGUUAUUAUCUGAGAGAAGGGGUCAUUGGGUUAAACGAGUACUAUGGAAUCUUGAAUUGGAAUUGGUGUGAAAUCAGGAAUUCAAGCUUCCUAGAGAGAAUUUCUGCCCUCCAGUCCCCUUUCCGGGGGCCAGGCCUAUCAGAAACCAAACUGCAUAAAGUGAUCUUUCAUCCCUCAACGGGGCUUUGUGUCUUGAGGAAAUCAUUGCUUGACCCUUUGCGCUUGGGUCCCUGUACUGACUCUGAAGCUUGGAGUUACUCACCCCAGAACACCUUGGUGGUCAAGGGAACGUAUUUCUGCUUACAAGCUGAUGAAUCAGGAACGCUGGCAAGACUUGGUAUUAUCUGCAGCGAGUCUAAUUCAAAAUGGGAAAUGAUUUCAGAUUCCAAGAUGCACCUCUCCUCUAAGCUCAGAAACGGCACAUCCAUUUGCCUGGAUGUAGACUCCACCAACACUAUUGUUACAAACAGUUGCAAAUGCUUGAGUAACGAUAAUAUGUGUGACCCUGAGAGCCAGUGGUUCAAACUUGUGGACAGCACAAGAAGCAGAAGUGGGGUAAAGUCAUUUUUACAUUUUGACUCGAUUCUGGAAUUACCUGGAAAGGAGUUCAUAUGGAACCUUUUGGGUGGCUCAAUAUAAAAGCAUUUGUCAGUGAAGAAAAUAGGCAAGGGUUACAAAUGAACACUCAAAGCGAGUUUAGUCAAUCCAGAGAUAUAUGCAACUAACCCGCUUGCUAAAUGAGACAUAUUCUUUGGUGCUGAGACAUACCAAUUUACUAGGCCUACAUAGCCUGUUGAAGCUGUAGAAGUUGUUUCAAUAUGUUCUUCCACAGUUCUACCAGGCAUCAGGCCAGACUUACAUUUUCUGAAAUGUAUACACUUAAAAGAAAUUAUGUUGGUCAUCCACAAUCCAGUUCGUAUGGUCAAUAAAACCAUUGCCAUUAAACUUA